AUGAAAAUUAUCAGAUUAGCAUCAGUGGCUACCGUGGCUACCCUGGCACACUCGCUUUUGAUACCAUCUCUUGACCAAUUGAAUAUCCAAUUGCCGUUUUCCUUGCCCCAUCAUACUGAGUCUCCAUCGCUGAAAUUACAGGGAUCUAACCCAUUUGAAUCUUCCACAGUGAGACCCGACCCUAUCCAGAUAUAUUCGACUGGAUAUAAGGUGAUUGAGAACUCCUAUAUUGUCACUGUAGACAGUUCCAUCACUGAUUCGGAACUUCAGCAGCUUUAUGACUACAUUAAAGGUGGAUACGAAUUCAUGUUGAACAAUGAAGACCCCUUUUUCGUUGCCAUGGGUAUUAAGAGACUACCCAAGCAUUCUUUGUUUGAACCUUUCAGUAUCGGUGACUCCAUGAAAGGCUUUGUCGGUUUCUUUCCACCAAGACUAGUUGAAAAACUGGCCUCUAUGGACCUUCCUAUAGUGGCUAUCGAGGCAGAUUCAGUAGUCCAUUCGACAAAAGAGUACGCAGUUGACGAACAUGUAACCUGGGGUUUGGCUAGAAUUUCCCAGAGGCAAACACUAGAUACCAAUAGAAAUUAUAUAUACCAUGUCGAUGGUGGCAAAAAUGUUACCGCCUAUGUCAUCGACACUGGUAUUUUUGUUGACCAUGAACAGUUUGAAAAGCGGGCUCGUUGGGGUGCAACUAUCCCAUUUGGGGACGUUGACAAGGAUGCCAAUGGACACGGAACUCAUGUGGCUGGUACAAUCGGUUCCGCAAAAUAUGGUGUGGCUAAACAGACUUCACUGGUGGCAGUAAAGGUGCUCAACUCUGAUGGGACUGGCACCCUUUCAGAUGUCAUUAAAGGCAUUGAGUUUGUGGUCAAAGACCACAAGAGCUCAAGGGGCAAGUCUAAGGGCUCUGUUGCUAACAUGUCCUUAGGUGGUGGUCUGUCAGUUGCUCUCACAUACGCUGUAAAUGCUGCUGUUGAUAAUGGCAUCCACUUUGCCGUAGCCGCUGGAAAUGACAAUGCUAACGCUUGCAGUUACUCUCCAGCAAAUUCAGCUAAGGCAAUCACUGCAGCUGCCUCUACUGUCGAGGACGAACGUGCGUUCUUCAGUAACUGGGGUACCUGUGUGGACGUCUUUGCCCCAGGGUAUCUUAUUGAGUCCACCUACAUUGGCCUUCCAACCUCCACAAGAGUUCUUUCGGGUACUUCGAUGGCCUCUCCACACGUUGCCGGUCUUUUGAGUUACUACCUCUCUCUACAACCCGGGCAUGAAUCGCAAUAUAACUCCGGUGACUCAUUGACCCCAGCUCAACUAAAAGCUAGGAUUUUGAGUUUCAGUACCAAGGAUGUACUUGAUGACUCGGAUCUAAACUAUGGCACUCCUAACUUGCUAAUCUACAACUCAAGAGACAACAUUACUGAAUUUUGGGAUUAUUAA